AUGCUGCACAAUGGCGUUGCCCGCCCUACCGCUUUCAUCUGGGAGCCAGAGCCGGAGGAGCAGUGGGGCGACGAGAGCGAUAGCGAAGAGAGCGACGACAGAGACGAGUACGGCGAAGCCGACCGUAAGAAGGCACGAUCCGCUAACCCAGACGGGUACUGGGGCACCGAUCGCAUACGCCGUGUCCUGCGCAAGCAGACCUUUCAGUACAUGAACACCGCUCUUGGCACCCGCGCCUGGCGGCAUGCCUACCCAGCCAUCCACCGAGAGCUGGCAAGAGAUGGACAAGCACGCGACUGGUUGGAAGUGCUCUACUGGAACAAAGCGCCGGCGAAGAGCAACGCGCAAGCGUUGCAGUCCGGCCACAGCCUUAAAACAGAGGAGGGCAACUACGGCCGCUCCAUGAUGGAGUCUCCCUUUCAGACCAUGGCCAAGCGGGAGGAGUUCCGGCGGGUGAGCAUGGACUGGCAUCGCGUGCUGGAGUUUGCAUCCGCCUGGGAGGACGGCCGUAUGCACCCCGGUGUUCGCGCGGAGAUGGUAGCGCAGCAAGAGAAGCAGGCGCUCCAGCGCUGGUCGUUGCUCGCGAUGGUGGACCUCAAGGCAGAGUUCAGGCGACUCGCUGGACGGCCGGACGCCGAGUAUCGUGGCAAGCAAGAAGAAAGCCUCGAGGCUGUAAUGCAGCGACGGCUGCGCGUGCUAGUUGUUAUGGCUACCGGCACCAGCAAGAGUAUGCUGUUCAUGCUGCCCGCGUCCGUCUCGCCAGGCGGCGUCUCCGUGGUCGUGGCUCCGUUGAAUGCCUUGCGAGACGAUCUGCAAGAUCGCUGCGACCAGCUCGGCAUCCCCUGCGCGAAGUGGGAUGGAAGAAGACCGCCGUACUGGGCUCGUAUUGUGCUGGUGACGCCUGAGAGCGCAGUCACGAAGGCGUUCGGCAGGUUUAUUAACGAAAAGCGCAUGCUCUAUCAGCUAGAUCGUAUCGUGAUAGACGAGUGCCACGUGCUGCUGGAGUCGACACAGGACUGGCGGCCAGACCUCCUCAAGAUGGUGGAGAUGACGGAGAAGGGCACACAGGUUGUCUACCUGACUGCAACCUUGCCGCCUACGCUGCAGCCCGCCUUCUUGCACACCGCAGGGCUCGAUGCCUAG